AUGGCAAGUCACAAAAACCCUCGCUUUCUGCACAACCUGUCCUACCACCCACGAUGGCAGCACGACUCAAUAAAAGUCAAGAUAAAAAGAGAUAUAAAGACAGUAGUUACAAACAGUUGCAGUGGGUAUAGCCUGUUUGAAGCAUUAUCAGCAUCAUCAACACUGUCAUCGAAAUCACAGUUGCCAUCAUCCCCUGUGCAAUGUUCCAGGAGCUGGUUGGGGAACUGGUUUCUUCUGUCCUUACUCAUGGUCUCAUUUCUGCCCUGUCAAGCCUGGGCAACCACUUUCAAGGUGGCCCUGGUUGGACCCUGGACAUGUGAUCUCUUAUACUCUAAAGCCCUACCUGACUUGGCGGCCCGUCUUGCCACGGCCCGCAUAAACAAGGAUCCCUACCUAAACAAAGGCUACUGGUAUGACUACACACUGAUCAACGAGGACUGCAAGUCAUCCCGUGCCCUUGCUCGCUUUGCUGAGCUGGAAGGUUAUGGUGCUGCUUUCCUGGGCCCUGCCAACCCAGGAUACUGCUCUUCAGCAGCUUUGUACGCAAAAGAGUGGGAUGUUGGGAUUCUUUCCUGGGGUUGCCUCGAACCCAACAUGAAUAAAGGAGGGAUGUACCCUACUUUCUUGAGGCCGCUGCCACUUUCCUCCCGUGUACUUUUCAGUGUGUUGAGAUUCUUCCGGUGGGCCCAUGUGGCCAUAAUCUCAGAAGAGACAGAUGUGUGGGAAGCCACAGGACAUGAGCUGGCCUCUUCACUGAGGGCCCUCGGCCUGCCUGUCAACCCUGUAGUAACUAUGGAGAGCGACAAGGAUGGGCCUCGCAGAGCCCUGACUCAAGUGCGAGAAGCAGACCGGGUCAGAGUGGUCAUCAUGUGCAUGCCUUCUGUCCUGAUCGGUGGCCAAGCCCAGUACCAACUUCUGACUACAGCACUAGCCAUGCGUAUGAUCGACCGUGGCUAUGUGUUCAUUCCCUACGACACCCUCCUAUACUCACUACCCUACAAAGAUGCAUUCUACUAUUCUCUUGGCAAUGACACCAAGCUGCGGAAAGCCUAUGAUGGGGUCCUCACCAUCACUAUGGACUCUGGAGAACGCAAUUUCUAUGAGGCCUUCAAAGAUGCUCAGGACAGCUAUGAAAUCCGCAGCAGCAUUCCACCACAGGAGGUUUCUCCAUUCUUUGGAACCAUCUACAACAUGAUGUAUUACAUAGCAAUGGCUGUUGAGCAGGUGCGAAACAAUGGGGGCCGCUGGGUAACAGGUGAGAUCCUGGGCGACAGUGAGGGCGGCUUUGAAUUUGGAGGCUUUAAUCAGCCCUUGAGGGCCAGCAGGGAAGGUGAAGGAAUGCAGGCUCGCUAUGUGGUGCUGGACUACAGUGGCAUAGGCAGCUCUCUCUACUCCACUCACCUUCUUGAGGCUGCUCAUACAGAUGGCAGGACCGGGGGCUUGAGGUACCUUGGUCGUUCGAUCCAUUUUGCAGGCAGUACGCCCUACAGAGACUCAGGCUGCUGGUUUAGCCCCUAUUUUGCCUGUACUGGAGGCCUGGAUUCAGUCACUUUGCUCUUUCUUUUCCUUGUGUUCAUUUCAUUGGCUGGUUGCGGAGUCAACAUCUUCCUUCGUUUCAGGAGAACCGGCAGGAUUGGGUUCAACAUUGGGGAUGGUGGUAACAGUGGGUCAACAAAGGUAGUUCUGACCCUGGAUGACCUGGUCUUCAUCAACACUCAAAUCAGCAAAAGGAAGCUCAAUGAUGAAAGUAUCCUGAGAAGCCAGCUGGAUAUGAAGACGCCUCACCACUCUGUGUCAGGUCGCAGCUACUUGGCCUCAACACCAGACAGCUCGAAUGUUGCUGUGUUUGAGGGUGACUGGAUUUGGUUGAAGAAAUGUCCCUGUGGAUCAGUAUCAGGUGUCAACAGCAGCACUGAGUAUAUCUUUGUCAACCUCAGGGACAUGAGGCAUGAGAACCUCAAUCUGUUCCUGGGACUGUUCUUGGACUCUGGGAUCUUUGGUGUUGUGACUGAGCACUGUUCCAGGGGCAGUUUGGAGGAUUUGCUCAGCAACGAGGAUGUGCGUCUUGACUGGAUGUUCAAGUCUUCCCUGUUAAUGGAUCUGAUCCGGGGAAUGAAAUACCUGCAUAAUCGUGACGUCAUCCAUGGACGGCUCAAAUCCCGUAACUGUGUGGUAGAUGGCCGCUUUGUGUUGAAAGUGACAGAUUAUGGGUUCAAUGAAAUUAUGAUUGCCCAAAAAAUUUACACUGAUGUGGAAAAGCCAGAGGAUCUGCUAUGGACGGCUCCUGAGCUGCUGCGAAGUUCUAGUCAGAGGAGGAAGGGAACUUUCCAAGGAGACGUCUACAGCUUUGCCAUUGUCGUGCAGGAGGUCAUCUGUCGCUCUGGACCUUUCUGCAUGCUGGACAUGCCUCCCAAGGAGAUUAUCAACAAGGUCAAAGAGCCUCCUCCUUUGUGUCGGCCCGUCGUGUCAGUGGAUGAGGCCCCACUGGAUGUGAUACAGAUUAUGAAACAGGCCUGGAGCGAAGAGCCAGAGAAGAGGCCGACCUUUGAGGAGAUCUUCAAACAGUUCAAGAGCAUCACCAAGGGAAAGAAGACCAACAUCAUCGAUUCUAUGCUGCGGAUGUUGGAACAGUACUCCUCCAACCUGGAGGAUCUGAUCAGAGAGAGGACAGAGGAGCUGGAGGUGGAGAGACAGAAGACUGACAAGCUAGUGGCUCAGAUGUUGCCCAAGUCUGUGGCCCAGGCGCUGAAGACAGGCAAGCCCGUCAAACCCGAGCAUUUCAGCGACGUCACUCUGUACUUCAGCGACAUUGUUGGCUUCACCACCAUCUCAGCUCUCAGUGAGCCCAUCGAGGUGGUCGACUUACUCAAUGACCUCUACACACUCUUUGAUGCUAUCAUUGGGCUGCAUGAUGUCUACAAGGUGGAAACUAUCGGAGAUGCAUACAUGGUAGCCUCAGGAGUCCCCAACAGGAACGGCAACCGUCACGCAGCUGAGAUGGCCAACAUGUCUCUUGACAUCCUCCACUGCAUUGGGACCUUCAAGAUGAGACACAUGCCUGAGCUAAAAGUCAGGAUCCGUAUUGGCCUGCACUCUGGCCCAGUCGUAGCAGGAGUAGUGGGUCUUACAAUGCCUCGGUACUGUCUGUUUGGAGACACUGUCAACACAGCAUCUCGAAUGGAGUCCACAGGGUUGCCUUACAGAAUCCAUGUCAACCAAAGCACAGUUGAUGUCCUGAACAACUUGAAGCUGGGAUACAAAAUUCAAGUCAGAGGCAUGACAGAGUUAAAGGGAAAAGGUAUUGAGAACACAUAUUGGUUAGUCGGGAGGGAAGAUUUCAACAAGCCUCUGCCUAUUCCUCCAGAUCUUCAAGGGGGGAGCAAUCAUGGUAUCUGUUUAGAUGAAAUACCUGUUGACAGAAGACAAAAAUUCCUGGAUCGACAGAAGAGGAUGGGCUAG